CAAUUCCUUCCGGUGAUCAUUUUGUUGACUCUUUAAUUCAGAAGAAAUUUUACUCGACCGACGACCACAUGUCAUCGCCAGCUCCGCCGACGGCCACCGCCGACGCCGACGCCGGGAAGGUCCGUCCAUGGGGGCAGUUUCUAGAAAUCUCCGCCCUCAGCAUCCCGGUCUCCCUCUCCGAAGCCUCCUUCCGCAUCACUCAGAAUCUCCGCUAUUUUCUCCCUAAUUACGCUCUCCUUACUCUCGGCAUCUUCCUCGUCUCCCUCAUCGUCCGCCCUCUCGCCUUGAUCUUCUUCCUCUUCCUCUUCGCAGCUUGGAUAUACCUCGUUUUCCUGCGCGACGAGCCGUUGUCGGUCUUCGAUUGCUUUGUCGAUCAGAAAAUAGUCAUGGGGAUUCUCGCUGUGAUAACUUUGCUAGCGCUUUUCUGGACCAAGCUCUGGUUGAGGCUUUUUGUAUGUUUGAUUGUUGGGGCUUUGGUUGUGCUGAUUCAUGGCGCUCUGAGGGCGCCGGAGGAUUCUAUGGAGGAUUCGCCUUAUGGUUCGCUGCUUAAUGUUGUGGAAGGUCAGAGGGGAGAGUAUGCUAGCGUUUGAGAAAUUAGGGUUCGAUUUGGGUGGGGAUUGAAUUCCGAUUGCGCGAGAGCCACUUUGGUGUUCAAUUGCAGCCUUGAAUUGUGUUUCUAUCGUUAACUGUUUUGCCCUUGUUAGGGUUCCUGACAUUGAAAUUGAUGCACACGAACUUGAUUUUUUAUCUCAUGGAAUUGGAUUGAAUC